AGGAGGAUCAUUCAUUGUUGUCAUCAGUCCUCAUACGAGAGCACGUAGUAGUUUUGCUGCCCGCAAAGAUUUCUUUUGUAUUAAUAUUAUUAUCACAACAGAAAGUUCGUGCAUUAAUUUAGUGCCUUUUUUGGAACUGUCGAUAGAGUGUUUAGUUUUUUAAUUCAUUGUUUGAUUGUGAUAAGCGGAAAUGUUUCGUCUAGGCAAGAUUGUGAUCAGAAAUAGCCAAAAGGUGAAAGCAAUCGAAUUCCGAAGAUGCCUCUCAGCGACGGCUCAGACCAAACCAGCCGAAAGCCAGGCCAACGACAGGAAGCCCAACAUGUCGUUCCUCACCAAUAUCUUCCGAGGCGAGGUUCAGCCGGUUCAGGUGUUUCCGUACCCCGAGGUGUUGGACGCAGAGCAGAAAGAGUACAUUGCGGCGUUUGUCGACCCAGUGACUAAAUUUUUCGAGGAAGUCAACGAUCCAGUUAAAAAUGACACAAACGCUCGCAUAGAAGAGAAUGUCUGCGAUGCUCUGUGGGAGCUGGGAGCCUUCUCUUUGCAGGUACCACCGGAGCACGGAGGUCUGGGACUUAACAACACCCAAUACUCGCGCAUGUGUGACAUUAUUGGCGGCCAGGAUCUGGGACUGGGAAUCUUUAUCGGCGCCCAUCAAAGUAUUGGUUUUAAGGGUAUUCUGCUGUACGGAACGAAGGAGCAGAAGGAAAAGUAUCUCCCCAUGGUGUCCACCGGAAAAACUUACGCCGCCUUUGCGCUGACUGAGCCAAGCUCCGGAUCGGAUGCAGGUUCGAUUCGUUGUCGUGCGGUCAAGAGCCCCGAUGGCAAGCACUAUGUUCUGAACGGUUCCAAGAUUUGGAUUUCCAACGGAGGAAUUGCCAAUAUUAUGACCGUUUUUGCUCAGACCGAAAUCGAAGAUCCAAAGACUGGCCAGAAGAAGGACAAAGUGACCGCCUUUAUUGUUGAGCGUGAAUUCGGGGGAGUCAGUAGCGGUCCACCGGAAAACAAGAUGGGUAUCAAAUGCUCGAACACUGCGGAGGUUUACUUUGAGGACUGCAAGAUUCCGAUCGAGAACGUUUUGGGCGGCGAAGGCAAUGGAUUCAAAGUCGCUAUGAAUAUUCUAAACAACGGUCGCUUCGGUAUGGCCGCCACUCUUUCGGGCACAAUGAGAGCCUGUAUACAGAAAGCUACCGAGCAUGCUACGAAUCGGGUGCAGUUCGGGCGCAAGUUGGAAACUUAUGGUGGCAUCCAGGAGAAGCUCGCUCGCAUGGCAAUGCAUCAUUACGCAACCCAAUCGAUGGCCUAUAUGAUUUCAGGAAACAUGGAUUCCGGCUCGAUUGACUAUCAUCUGGAAGCUGCGAUCUCCAAGGUGUUUGCUUCGGAAUCGGCGUGGUAUGUGUGUGAUGAAGCCAUUCAAAUCCUCGGCGGAAUGGGUUUCAUGAAGGAUGCAGGAUUGGAACGUGUUUUGCGCGAUUUGAGGAUCUUCAGAAUCUUCGAGGGAACAAACGAUAUUUUGAGACUGUUCGUGGCGCUCACCGGUAUUCAGUAUGCAGGAUCUCAUCUCAAGGAACUGCAGAAAGCGUUCAAGAACCCUGCCGCCAAUCUGGGAUUGAUCUUCAAGGAAGGUUCAAGGAGGGCGAUUAGAAGUAUCGGAUAUGGUGGAACCGAUCUGACGCCAUUUGUUGCCGAUCCACUGAAGGAAGCUUCGAAACAAUGUUCGGAGAGCAUCGAUCUUUUCGGCCAAGCGGUAGAAUCACUGCUAAUCAAACACGGCAAAGGCAUUGUGGAAGAGCAGUUUAUGCUGAAUCGUUUGGCUGAUGCCGCAAUCGAUACCUAUUCGAUGGCUGUGGUGCUCUCGCGUGCUUCUCGGGCUGUCCAGAAGGACUUACCUUCAGCUGAGCAUGAACUUCUGAUGGCCCAAGCCUGGUGUCAUGAGGCUGCCGAUCGUGUCCGCGUCAACAUCCGCAAAAUCAAUACGGACUCUUUCGCGAAAAACUACAGCAGGAUGUCACAGAUUUCCAAGAAUAUCUGCGCCAACAAUGGAAUAGCGCAUAACAAUCCGCUGGACAUAGAGUGAAGCUUUAAUUGUUGUUUAGGUAGUUGUAGAUAAGUGCGGGCACAUUCACCGAAAACGACGCUACGGCAAGGAUACGAUGAUUCACAAUGAUUUUCUAGCGAAAGUUUCAAUUAGAGAAUCGUGCACGUUUCGCGAGUACUGGUAUAUUCGUAUUAAGGGAACAGUUAUUGAAUGGCAACGACAUUUGGGACAGUCCAAUUGCUUUCGAAUGCAACAAACGAACACAUCGCGGAUUAAGGAUUCAGUUAGUCAAUUCACAGGUAUAUUAUUAACUUAUGGUUUUACUGUUUUGAUUAUUAGAAGAUAAUAUGUUCACAAUCUUGUUUAUUAUGUACAUACAAUUGAAGAAAGAUAAAGUUUGCGGGAUGCGAAAGAAUAUAAUGAACUUCAUACAAAA